AUGGCGGCCCGGUGCUACGCAGCUGCCUCCGUGGUCAGAGCAGGAGCGCACGACCUCUCCUCCUCCUUUUCCUUCACAGCCGCGGCGCUUCCCUCGGCGGCGUGUCCGAGGCAGGUAGGAGGAGCGUGGGCCUGCGGUGGAGCCGGUGGGUACAGCUACAGGCUCCGCGCCGUCCGCGCCAUGGGCUCUGCGCCGUCGUCGUCGUCGCAAUCCCCGUCGCCGCACACGCCUUCAGGACAAACCAAAGGGAAAGCAGAUUAUACAUCACUGAGUGAAGAAGAGUGGAAGAAGCGCCUGACUAAAGAGCAGUAUUAUGUUACUCGGCAGAAGGGCACUGAGAGAGCAUUCACUGGGGAAUACUGGAAUACUAAAACCCCAGGCAUUUAUCACUGUGUCUGCUGCGACACCCCUCUGUUUGAGUCAUCAACCAAAUUUGAUAGUGGUACCGGAUGGCCAUCCUACUAUAAACCAAUUGGCAAAAAUGUCAAGAGCAAGCUUGAUAUGUCAAUCAUUUUCAUGCCCCGGACCGAGGUGCUCUGUGCUGCCUGUGAUGCUCAUCUGGGGCAUGUCUUUGAUGACGGGCCACCACCAACAGGGCAGAGAUACUGUAUCAACAGUGCAUCUCUGAAAUUGAAGCCUCAGUCGCUGGAUCCUUUAGGAAGAAGUUAA